GGAGCUCAAGAUGGCAUACAUGAUUCUCUUCCCUCCCCAUUUUAUCCGCGCAACGAUCCUGUUAGGUAUGAACUGGAGUUGGAAAUAAGUUCAGUAGCACUCAGCUCCCUCUGAAAUAAUGGGUAUCAUUUUCUGUGAGAACUGUUCCUUUCUGUAUUUUAAACAUGGCCAUAUCUCUGAAGCUAGUGAAGCUCUUCUGCUGAUCAUGCUGGGGAAAGUUGCACUCAAUCUAUUUUUGUUGCAAGUCCAAAAACCGAAUCUCCGUGAAAGUUUUAUGGGCUAAUUCUGCAUUUCACUAGCCUUUCUUGAUGUUGUGCUUCUGGUGACUAUGUCUUUCAUCUCCUAUUUUCAGAAUUUUAUGCUUUUGGGUAUCCGGUUUACUGAAUAUCAUAUCUGCCUUUUGGCUCAGAUAGCAGCCCUUACCUAUGGGAUCUUACAUUAUCCAGUUUCUUUUGUAGCUGGCUGGGAUUAUUAUUUUACAAUAACCCAAAUUUCCAAGUCUCCUAAUUUGCGUUGGAGAUUAAUGUACAUAGUUGCUGUUGUCUUCGUUUGGAUUUCAGUUCUUUGUUAUGUUCUGAAUCUUCCAGGCAGCUCCAUAGGGCUUGAGGUAAACCAUCACAGUUCUGCCUACCAGUGCCCUUUCUACAUCAGCAGUCAGAACUACUGGCUGACAAUAGCUAUGCUGUUCAUCAUAUGCCUGGUUUUUAUACUCUGUUGGUCAGACAUUGUGGUUAUGGUGCAGUCAAUUAAACUAAGUUCCACUGAAAGAGAGAUUGUUUUGUUCUUCCCUUAUGUGCCUGAGUGCAGCCCCAGAGACUCUGCAAAGCAACUCUUGACAAGACUUCUCAUCUGCUUUAUUAGCACUUGGGCACCAUUUGUUUUCCUUCAAAUGCUCAUUGUGUUACUUGGUGCUCAGAUUCUUGCUUACAUAGAGAUGAACGUUCCCUGGCUUUAUUUUGUCAACAGUUUAUUUAUUGCAAUGGCAUUUUGGGCCAGGCGUCACCACAUUAAGACAGAGGAGACUUGGUAUGCAGAUCCAUUUGUCAGUUGGAAAUUCUGCUUUAUCCCUUUCAACUGUCAAGAUGUAGAUAAAACUCAAAAUCCCACCACUGAAAUUGUAACCUGUUAACAAGCUGCUCUGGAAGGGGAAUGUUGAAUUGCCAUAAUAGGGUGAGGG